UACCUACACUCCAGAUUGACACUGCCAGUAUGCCGCGACAAUGGGAAACACAAGCAGUUCUCAUAAGAUCUCUGCUCAGGAUAGGGCCAUUCUGGAUCUGAAGAAUCAGCGCGAUAAGCUUCGUCAGUAUCAAAAACGAAUCACUGUCCUCACAGACCGCGAGACCGCCAUAGCAAAGGAAUGUCUUGCGCGAGAUGACCGCCGACGUGCCCUGCUGGCUCUUCGUCGCAAGAAAUAUCAAGAAACUCUCCUAAGUAAAACAGAUGCGCAGCUGGAGCAGUUGGAGCAGCUGACGAGUCAGGUGGAAUUUUCCUUGGUUCAGAAAGAUGUUCUCUUUGGCUUGCAACAGGGAACAAAGGUGCUCCAAGCUAUCAACAAGGAAAUGGGAGGUAUCGAAGCUGUAGAGAAGCUGAUGGGCGAAACUGAAGAAGCCAGGGCCUACCAAGAGGAAAUUAGCCAGAUGCUUGCGGGCCAGUUGUCGAACCAGGAUGAAGACGAAGUUGAGAACGAGUUGGAGAGAUUACGGCAAGAGACAGAAGCUAUCACCUUACCAAAGGUCCCUACCGCUCCUCCAGUUAUGGUCAAGGGCGAGGAAGAAGCCGACAAAGAGGAAGAGGAGAUUUCAGCCGCCAGGAUGAAGACCCGUACUGCAGUUCCUGCCUCCUGACGUAUGCAUUACAUACGCCUCUGCCGAUCUCAUUAUAUAUAUACAGCAGAGACUCAGGCAUUUUCGGGCGCUGGUGGUUUUAUCCCUCUUUUGUUGCUCUCUUCUCUGGAGAUAGAACUUCAGCCAUGAAAGCUUAAAGCUUGCAUCGGCCAUAUUUCCGGUCGAAUUGCGUCUAUUAUACAGCAGACGCCAGUUUCAUAUCAUUAGUUUCAUCUGGAGUCAUGUACAUAAUCGAGUUGAGCCGCUCCAAAAAAGCAACACGACAGGCAUGGAAACACUUCUACCUUAGCUAUCUGUCGUCUCGUACGCCAUAAUUUCCAGUCAUGGAGCGAAGGACUCAUUGACCAGGCAUUACUCUCCCUCCUACUCCGCUGACACCGGGAAUAGCUACAUG